AUGGCGGCCAGACUUGUGCGGUGUGCGAAUUUAGCUAAAGUUGGAGGAGCAAUUCUUCGUAGUUCUCAACACAGACAUGCCUUAAAUGGUUUGGCUUCAAAUGUACAGAAAUUCCAAUCMAUACGCGGUAGCCUCGUUAUAAACAAUAGUAUUGCAAAGAAUUGUCUUAAAAACUUCAGUAUUGCUACUACAGCCAUGCAGCAUGUGUCAGCAAAUGACCCUUUGAGCUUGAUUCAAAACGUGGAUAUUAGGACACCKUCCAGCUCUUCCUCUGCAUCAUUAUCAGAAGGAAGUGCUGAGGACGAGGAUGAACAAAAUUGUAUAUCGAAAGUGUAUCAUCCAGAUAUUAUUGACAAAGUUCAAAAUGAAGCAAAAUUUGCAAGUGAUACUGGACAGGUCUUUGCCGUAGUGCAUAUUGGUGGUCGUCAAUUCAAAAUAACAGUUAAUGACACAAUAACAAUAUUCAAAAUUGCUGCAGAUGUUGGUGACAGAAUAAAACUAGAAAAGGUUCUUCUUGUUGGUGGGGAAAACUUUACUGUUAUUGGUCGGCCA